AUGGAGAGUCCGAAGCGAGAGUCUUCGAGACCUCCGGGAAACCCGGGGGCCGUGCAGGUCCCUGUCAGCAGUUCGUCAGGCCCAGGGUACCCGACCUCUGCGUUUUCCGACGCGGUCACUCAUCAAGGUGAGUUUGCAGGACCUCCUCCGUUCUUCCACAGUCCACCCACGAGAGCCGAGUCUCGCCGCGGAGCCGCACCCUCUCAGCCGGCCUUGUCGCCAUCAGGUUUCGCGGGGCUUCAUGCGCCGCCAGGCCCUCCGCCUUCGGCAGUCAGUUCUGCCUCACCGCAAGAUGGCGCGAGCGGCUUUGCAGCGUCGCGGGUCGGCGACGGUGGCUCCUUUGUGAAGCGGUCCAAGUCCACAUUCGUCCAGGGGGCGCCUCUCAGCGGCUCGGGGGGGCCUGGAGGCGAACUGGAACUCCUUGAGCAGCCCCCCAGGCCGCAGGCCCCGCCGCAGUCGCCGUUUGCGGUGGACAUCGAUUUAUUUGAGAUGCCGGACAUAAAGAAGCGCGGCAGACGCCGACGCGUGCUGCAGCUGCUCUGGACGCACGGGCUGUUCUGUUUGGGACGGCUCUUGGUUUUCGCGUUUGCAUUCUUCCUCAUCUACUGCACGAUAGCGGACUUGGGUCGGUACCGAUGGCUGUCGCUGGUGGUGGCAAUUCCGAUCGAGCUCGUCAUGCUGGUUCUGUGCCAACUUCUCCUUAAACUGCCCGCCUGGAAAAGGUACUUUGAGCGCAUGAUCACAGAGAAGCUGCUCCACUUUUCGCACCAGAUCGAGCAGCAACAAAUCGGACCCCAGCAUAUGCAGUCCUCACGGCUUCCCUCCGAGCCGACGCCGGGGGGAGGCGUCGAUGGGGACGACGGCCCCGCGAAGGGGCAGCAGGCAGGCGAGGACGGAGACGAGACGGGGAAGAAGCCCACGGAGAACGGCCACUCGAGAGUCCACUUCCGCAGAGGCGUCUCGCACUGGGGCUCCAAGCUCGCAGUCAAUGUGGAGGACGAACAUGGGGAGCAAAGCAGCACGAGCGACGCAGAUCUGGUCGAGAGAUCUCGCUAUUCCAGGUCCCGCGCCACUGGCUCCGACACUUCCAAUCGCCUACACAGCGCGCCGGACGGGUCGCAUGCUCCUGUGCUCGACCGCCUAGGUCGGGCCUCAACCGUUUCUGCGCCGGAACGAGACGGCCGAGGGGGCGCGACUGAGGGCAGCAAGCCGGACGGCUCCCCUAGUCGGUCGAGAAAGGGCAGCAAGGGUGGCGGGAAGUCUCCACACCACGAAUCGGACGCGACCUCAGAGUCCUCGACCCCGUGGCGGCGCCUGUUCAGACGCACGAAAGUUGCCAGGCUAGAGCGUGGAAGGACGAUGGACGCAGGCGCGCAUCCAGGUAAAGCGCAAGGGACUGCGGGGCGGGUCGGCAGCCUCCCGGCUCUCGAGAGCGAAAAGGGGCGCUGUAACAUGCAGCCUUGCAAGGGUCGUGCCGACCGCUUUCAGGCAUCGUCCGUGGGGGACGUGCGAGCCGAGGCGGGCUUGGAAGGCGAAAACCUACGAGCGCCUGGCAAGGUACCCUGGAAUGGAGAACAGCCGUUGUAUGCAGGUGGCGCUUCAGAGCGACAAGGAGACGCAAGUCGAGAUCUGCGCCACGAAGGUUCUUCUGGAGGGUCGGCACCCCGCGGGUGUUACGAGUUGCCGCACUCCGCAGCGGUGGAUCCAAGCGUGGCGCCCGUGCCGCAGGUCGGUCGUCGCAGCGUGACGCCUAUGGCGCGGCUGCCGGGACGCGCCUUCAGCCCUGGAACUCCUGUUGCGACGUACCGAGGACGUUCGGUUGGGCAUCGGGACUCACCCUAUCUCAGCCGAUUUGCUAGUGACGACUUGAGCAACUUGUGGAUUACGUAUCGCAACAGGCCGCCGGCUACACGUGGUCCGAACCUCCGCACCCUUGCAGGCGCCCCGCCCGUCUCGGGCCGGUUGUACCUCAACUACUACAGUCAGGGAAGACCCGGCAGGUAUCGCCAGGUUCGCGGAGCCUGGGGAACCGAGGGGCGUUUGCCGGGCAGCGGCCCCGACGCCAGUGGGCGGUACGGGACCGGGACACACCUCAAGGGCGUCACGAGCUGCGUGGACUUGCGGAUGGCGACGGAGCCGAUGGGAAAGGACCCGUUGCCCGAAAUGGCGCGUUGGAGCACUGCCGAUGGCCAUGCGGAAGAGCGAACAGACAGCGAAUGCCGACCCGCUCGUGUGGCAGAUUUGUUUCGCCUUCGCAGCGUCUCAAGAGGUGUGGGUCAGUGGCCCCGGUCGGGGGGCGAUGCGCUCCAGUGUCGGAGGAACUGGGGUCCCCUGCGGCUCCCUCAGCGCUUCGGGUCCGGCGUCAACGGCCGAGAAGACAUGAACUAUAUCCUGGAAGACCCAGACGAUGAAAUGCACUCGGAUGGGUCAGACCGAAACACCACUCGCCUCCGUCGGCGCUCGACGCUGCCCUGGCCCGGCGCACACCCGCUGCUCGAUGACCAGGACCGGCAUUCGCUUUUCGGAGUGCCUGUGGGGCGCGGCUACUCGCUAGGCGGGGCCGAGAGCCUGCUGCGCCACCGCCGCGCCGGCUCAGGCUCCCGUCGCCACCACGACUGGACUUCUCGCAUUCGGCUCUUGAUGCUAGACGAAGACGACAGCCUCGUGGACGAGCAGAGCUUGUACGAAGUGGACGAAAUGGACGCGCCCGGGGCGGAAGACAACGAGGGGCGAUACCUCAAGGGGAAGGCUGUGCCGCGGACGCGCCGCGAGGCGCUCGCGGCUUGGUGGCAGGACCAGAAGGACUGUUGUUUGCUUUGCUUUAGGUGCAUGCUGGUGGUCUUCGACUCCCUGGCGGGGCCUGCAGUUGGCAGCUCGGCCUUCCUGCUGGCGGUGCUGCUGCGAACCAUGGCGUGGUGCGCGGUAUGGGUGUGGGCCUCAACGCUGAUGACGCGGGAGCCGGAGAACAAGGAUUUGUUUGCCUGGGAGUUCGACCGUCUCCCUCAGGCUUACUACUUAGUGGAAAGCACGUUCCUGUGGAUGGUCACCUUCGACUACUGCGCCGGGCUGUUCAACGCGCCUCGAAAACUCCAGUUCGUCCUCAGUCCCUACUCGAUCGUCGACCUUCUUACGAUGCCCAUGACUUCCUUCAUCGUCAACUGCUUCGUAGACGACCAGCAGCUCGGCUUGGCGGCGCCGGACGGCCCCUGGGCUGCCGAUGUCUCCGGGUACGCGGCCCCAGCGAAACGGCACUCGCAGCUCCAUGCCGCAACCCACGAUCAGUUUCCCUGGCUCCUGCUUUUUGGUUGGCUGCGGUUUCUUCGGCUCGUUAAGACCGAACACGUUUUGUCUCGGUGCUUCCCGCACCUGAGCGUGGUGAAACUUCGCAUUCUGUCUAUCGUCGUCUCCUGGCUCAUGAUCGUCCUGACCUUCGCAGGCGGCAUGUUCGUCUUGGAGGCACCGGAGCCUCACAUCAACUACACCAAUGUCUACGACUUCUGCUUCUACGCCAUCGUCACUGUCAUGACGGUGGGAUAUGGGGACUUUGUGCCGCGGUCGGCAGCCGGGCGGGCGCUGGCCAUCAUCACCAUCAUCUCGACCUUCGCGUUUCUCCCUGGCGAGGUUCAGCGUCUCAUGGAGGCGCUGCGGGAGCCGCGAACGAUGGUCGGGUCGCCCCCGGCGCCUGGCGAUGACUAUCUCUGCAUGGUGGGGCCGAUCCAGCCCCGUCAGCUCGCAGUGAUUUGUCGAGAGAUUGCCCGAGCUUUCCCGGGCAGUGUGCAGGCGAUUCUGGUGAUCACACCUCUUCCUGUCUCCGCCUACGACGACAUUUGCUUCUUCUCGCUCUCGGUCUGCAUCCGCGGCGGCGUUCGCGGCGAGCCGCUGCCGUCGAAUAUUCGAUCCUACUGCUCGAAUGCCCGUGCUGUUUUCAUCUUCAGCAACACGCGGGCGUACCAGCGUUCGCCUGGCGACCCCGGAGGACCUCCUGGACCGAGCUGGAUCGAGGGCGUGGAAACUCGCGAGCAGGAGGAGGACCACAUGACGCUGCUGCGGUUCAUGGGCGUCAGGACCGUCUGCUUCCCCGUCAGACCCAUCAACGUCCAGCUUAUUCACGACCACCGGAAGGCCCUUGUAAAGGAAAUGGGGGCCUACUCCACGCUUUGCAUCAACGAAGUGAAGAUGAAGUUGCUCGGGAAGAGCUGUGCGGACUGCCCGGGAUUCGUCUCGAUGAUUGCGAACUGGUUCACGUUCUGGCGGGCCAGCGAGGAGACGACCGGCAUCGCGUGGGCCGCUAGUCGUGCGAAGGCCGCCGCCGCCGCCAGCAUGCGCCCAACGAGGAAGACAGACUUCCAGCACUACGCGGACGGCGCCGUCUACAACAUCUACCGCAUGGAGUUCCCCGAGUGCAUGCUCGGAGUCCACUACAAACUCCUGACGCGCCUCCUGUACACCCACUACGAGGUCUUCCUCAUUGGCAUCAUCGCCAUCACGAAAGAAAUCUGGAUCAAUCCGUUCCGGUACUUCGUCGGCGAGGAACUGGUGAAUGGCUACACCACAUGGCCCUUCGCCGGCAUCGUCCUCGCCCCCUCCCUCGAGACAGUCGUAAAACUCAGCACUCUUCGGGAGCUCCCGGUCAAAGUCCCUCGGGCUCCCUGCUUCUCAGGUCCCGCUGGAUCGCCCUCAGGCUACCACGGCGGGUCCGCAUGCACAGCAAGAUCCACACUGCUGGCGCGCGAAGGACAGGCGGCGAAACGCAUGUGGACCGCUGCCCGCUCGCAUGUCGCAGAAGGCGUCAAACAAGGGAUUCGAGCAACAGAGAAAGCUCGGGCAACUCUCAGGGGAGGAGACCAUCCAGACCCCUUCGCGACCAACUCGGCGAACGAUGCUGAUCCGCGAGGUGGCGACGCCCCUGUUAGUGGCGACGGCCUGGCACCUUCGCGAGCAGGCUCGGGGCAGCCAGGCGCUCAUGGGGGAUCGGUCGCGGGAGAUUUCUACUCCUCACCAGCGGGGACAUCGAGCCACUGUGGGUUCCCUGGACAAGCGUCCCCAGGGCCCUCGCCUUCAUUCAGCUCUGCAUCCUGCUUCGGAUCUUCCUACGCCUUACCGGCUAGUGCGUGCGGCGCAGCUGGUGCCAGCGGCGCUGCCCCGAGUGCGCUAGGUGUGAACUCCACGAGUGCCACGGGAUUUGCGGCGUCCCCGGGAGGAUUCGGUGGCACCUCUCCGAGCCCUGGGCCUCUCUGUGCACACCAUCGCCGGCAGUUGGCGGGGGGAAGCGCGUCGGCUUGCGAGAGCUUUGCGUCAGCCCCAGCUGCUCAGGCCUCACCGGUUGGGUUUCCGGCGUCGCCCUACAAGCCGGAGACUACUCACGGGUCCCCAUCCCCUGGCUCUGGAGCCUCGGACUUUGGGGCCGCGGCGCGGGGCGACAGGCCGAAGGCUGGAGCCUGUGUGAUGUGCCAGAAUGAGGCGAAAGGUUUUUCCUUCGACUCCAUGGCUUUGUCUCAGCAAUCGUUGCCUGGCCACUCUUUCGCCUUCUCGUAUGGCUGCGACCUACACGGGAGUCGACGCCCCGCGUUCGGCGGGAUCAUCCAGACGCAGUCAGUGGCGGAGGCGCGUCGGACGAUCUUUGCGAAACCGGGGAACCCCGUGAUUCUUGCAUGCGGCUGGCCUCGAGGCUUGCGGAUUUUCGUUCAAACCCUCCUCGCGAACGGCUCGUACAAUGUCGUCAUUCUCUCGCCCCACUGUCCAGCGACGGUGGGACCGACAGACUUUGCCGCCUACACGACCUCCUGCGCCUACGUUCGCGGCAGUGCGCUGAGCACCACAGACUUGCUGCGCGCCGGGGCCUUGCAGGCGAAGAACUGCGCCGUCUUCAGCACAUUGCACGUGGCCUGGAAGGCAGACGUCAGUGCGGCCCGCCUCGACACCCAGGCGCUCCUGGUCCGGAAGACGAUCCAGGCCCUCUUUCGCGCCUUUCCAGUGAAAAACCAAGACCAGGCCAUGGCUGCUGCCGCAGCAGGGGCCGCCGAAUCCGACGCCCACUUUCAAGAGAGCGGAGAACACCCUGAUGACUUCGACAGGCAACCUCCACCAGGCCCUGCGGAGCACCCCGCGCCACGACUCCACGCAGGCGAAGCUCCAUACCAAGGCCCCGGGGGUCCGAAGCUGGGCGGCCUGAGCGGCACCGCGCUGCCAGGCCCCGGCACCGAGCCGGGAGUGCCAGGGACGCCGCCAAGACGGAUGACGGACGGGGACUGGGGGACAAUGGCGGGCAAGUCGAAAGCCCUGGCGAGUCGACAUUCCGGCGUCGAGUCGGAAGGUCUUCCGCGCUCUGCGGCGUCUCAGGGCAGCGUGGUGGGAGGCUGCAGUGCGGCUGCCAGUGGUGAGACUUUGCGAGAGCCGAUUCCAGACAGUGUGCGAGACACUCGGGCCAACGACCUUCCGGCACACGUACUGCAGCCCGUCGCCCGCCACACCGCGCCUGCCGCUGCAUGCUGGGAGGAGCAGGAGACGACGGACAUUGUGCGGUAUUGCCCCCGACAGGGGACUGAAGGAAGCGCCAGCGAGCUGGAGGAAGGCGGGGCCGGAGGGGCCUCCUGGACUUCAGGGCUUCAAGCGGCGAAACACAGGGAGGUGCGAAUUAAGGUGAGCGCUUCGGAGCGUGCGCAUGGGGAUGGGCCUCCUCGCCAGGGUGGGGAACCCACACAGGUAAUCGGGGGGCCGGCUCAGGUUCAUGGGAGUAGGUUACAGUCAGAGGAAGUUUGCCUGGUUUCUCCCAGGUCCGAAUUUCUCAGCUCCCUCUCCUUUCCACCGCGUUGCUUUAGCCCCGUGUACUCCCCUGCGGAGUCGGAUAGUGUCGAGGAAUCGCCGGAAUCGUGGGCGCGAUGUGGGCCCGUACCGGAACCAGCGCAUCGUCUGCCGCGACGCACGACUCGCCUCCAUUCUGUCGAGCUCAUGGAGAGGCGAUCCAGCGAAGGUUCUCCCCACUCGCGGACGCGGCCUUCGCCGUAUUCGCUGCAUUCUCCGUCUCGGGUCCGGGAUCUCUUGCGGGAUAGCCGAACGCCCCUGGUGAGUCCACGGUCUCGUUCGGUCUCACGCGAUGACGCUGGCAACUCGAGCCGCUUCGCCACAGCUCCCUGGCACCUCGCACCGCCCCCUGCACUUGCGGUCCCGCCUGGGGACGAGGGAAAUUUGCCCCUCAGUCCCCAAGCCACGUCGAACGUCUCAGGGGUGUCUGUGCCGCCUUCCGCGUCUGGUCGUGAGGAUUCUCCGGUGGCUGCCAAGCCGGGCUCCAAAGAGUCACUCAGUCCGGGGGCGAACGAGCGAAACGAGGAGCAGUGGAAGCAUCAGUCCGCACUGCAGCACGAACUCGAGCAACUUCUGGAGGAUCAAAGCUUCCAAUCGCAGCUUCGCCAGCAGCCUAACCCUCCGCAGUCGAAUGUGAAUCUACGUCCUGCCGGGGCCUACCCUUACGGCCCCCAUGCGGCCACCUCAGCUCGUGCCCCGCCGACAGGCCCGCUCGACCCCGCACUCGCCUCCAGCGUGAGCCUCCGCCUCCCUGUGUGCGCCCCUGGUCCAGCGAGUGGGACGCCGCCUGGGGCAGGUGGCUCCGUGCCCGCGGGCCAGGCGCCAGGCGCGGGAGGCCUUGCCCAGCCGCAGACCGGGGACGCGGAUGCGACAUUCUUUCCCCUCGCUUCGUUUCCCUCGCCGGCGAAUCCUGUGGCGCCUUUCCCCGUGGUUCCCAGCGCGUCGUCCACCUUCGAAACUUCCGGAGGCGGUGGCUCACGCCCUGGAAGCAGCGCAGACCCCUCUGGCGAGAAGAAUGACGGUCGGGGGUGGUGCGUUGUUCCUUCGGAGUACGUGCGAGGCGGCCCACAGGCGCCUGCCAUGAUGGCGACAGGCAAGGGGUCCACAGGGUCCGUUGGCAUGGCUCCAAAUGCAGUCGAGACACAGGCGCACAAUGGGGACCUUGAGGACCGAACCAAAGGUGGAGGGCCAACGCGCUGCUGGAUGCCUCAGAGAGAGCGAGAGGGCGAGAAGGGACACGCAGGAGUGGGAAGCCAUCCUUAUCAGUACCCACCUCCGCAUUCGCCUUCUGGGAUUUCAGAUGCUGGGGAUUUGGUCCAGCAAAGAAGCGGAGCAGACGGUGCCUUUCUUCACGGGGACGGGGGCGGGGGCGCAAGUGGCGGCGGCACAGCAGACGCUGGAGAAGGCGGGUGGAGUGCCCGAGAUGCCGGCGAAAUGAAGACAUUUUUGGACGAAAAGGCCAGGAAGGAACCGGGGAUCUUCCUGGAUCUGAAAGAAGGAUCCUUCCUGGAGUACUGCGACAACUCGAUGGUGAUGAAUGAGGCGUUCGUGUACGAGCGUAUAGACUCGUAUCGCCGGCUCUGGGUGCAUGACAAGAAGGAGAUGACCGCCGCGUACCUCGGCAGUCUCCUCUUCGCCUCAGGUCAUGCAUGCGUGGAAGACAUGUUCUACGGCUUGAUGGCACACACGCUGCCCGUCUCCAAAUACGCCGUUGACGCCUCCGUCAUCGACUAUCUGGUCGAGGAUCGCAAGGGAUUCGUAAGUGAGCAGAAGCGUUUACAGCGGGCACUCACGAGAUAUGCUGGUGGACCGAAUUCUCUUUCUUCUCCUUCCACCUCUCCUACGCCUUCGCCUCUGGGCCUCGAGGCCGUCCCCCCCAUGUUCGUCGGCGUCCCAUUCAAGCGGCUUUUUGAGCAUUUGAUAAAACUCGAAAAGAAGAUUGCAAUUGGCAUCUACCGCCAGUACCGCGUGACGACAGACUACGCAGGUCACCGAAGGCCGAAGAAGCUCGUUCUCUGUUGUCCUUCUCCACAUCUUCGUCUCACAGCUUUCGACAAAGUUUACGUCCUGCGGCCGUCCAGCACUGACGCGCUCCGACAGCCGCGCGCGUUUCUGUGA